GUCGUAUUGUAAACUCGGCGUAACGCUUGUGCCGAGGAAGCCGCCACCGAACAUCGUGUUAAAAGGCUAAUUAGGAAAAAGUAGGGCCUACGUGUGCGAGUAUAAAAAUGGAAUCGAUGCAGAAUGCGUAUUCGAGAAAAGUUCACGAUUCUUACGAGGAUGAAGAGGAGAAGAAACAUUUUCAACGUAUUGUUUCAGCGUUCAGACAUUACAAAUCUCAUUCCCUGCAGAGAGUUAAAAAGACAGAAUCCUAUCUAUUAUCCUUACCAGUGCAUCAUCAAAAACUCUUAUCAAAAUAUAAAGAACAUCUUCAGGAAGUCAAGAGAUGUAUUGAAUAUAACAACGACAUAAUAAGGCUCAUCAUAAAAGAUGUAGCUCAUAUUUUUGAAAAUGUGAGCCCAGCUAGUGCACAAAAUGAUAGUACACAGAACACCCGACCUGUAUUGGCUGACCAAGAAAAAGUACAAGCUACUAUUAAACAAUUAGUUCGUGACUGGAGCGUGGAAGGAAGCGAAGAACGUAAGGCUUGCUAUCAGCCUAUCAUAGAUGAAAUAACUAAUCAAUUUCCAUUAGAUAAAUGUACUCCAUCACAAGUGCAAAUUCUAGUACCUGGUGCAGGAUUGGGUCGUCUUGCGUAUGAAAUUGCAAGGCGUGGUUACACUUGCCAAGGGAACGAAUUUUCUCUCUUUAUGCUCUUCGCGUCACAUUUUGUAUUAAAUAAAUGCAGAGGUAUAAAUUCAUAUCAAGUACAUCCAUGGGUACACCAAUAUAUGAACAAUUUAAAACCAGAACAUCAAACGCAGGCUGUUUUCUUCCCUGAUGUAAAUCCCAGUGAUCUUCCAGAAAAUGCACAAUUUUCUAUGACGGCAGGAGAUUUCUUAGAAGUUUAUACGGAAGAUGAUCAUUGGGAUUGUGUUGCUACAUGUUUCUUUAUAGAUUGUGCAAACAACGUGGUACAAUUUAUAGAAACCAUCUAUAAAAUUUUAAAACCGGGAGGAGUAUGGAUAAAUCUUGGUCCGUUGCUGUAUCAUUUUAGUGACAUGCCUAUGGAAGAUUCAAUAGAACCAAGUUAUGACGCGGUUCGUGAUGUUAUACAAGGUUUUGGUUUUCAUCUUGAGAAAGAAGAGACACAUAUGAAAACACGUUACGCGCAAAAUGUGAACAGUAUGUUACAGUGCGAGUAUAAUAGCGUUUAUUUUGUAUGUCGGAAACCUAAAAGGCAUAUUAAUAUGUUGGGCCAUCAAAAUGGUGCUGAAAGUAAUGGCAUACAAGAACAAGAACAAGAAAAUUAAAUCUUGACAAAUCUAAUAUGUUUUACUCAUGAGGAAAAUUGAUGGAAUUGUACAAGGACUAAAGUACUACAAUUUAUACAGAACAAAUUCAAAGACAACCAUAACAUAUUUAACUUCUGGUAUUGUAAAACAAUUUCUGUGAUUCAAAAGCUUAUUUGGAUACAAAUAAGUGUUAUUUCAUAUUCCCCUGAGAACUAAAUUUUUGUUAACAUCUAUAAGUUUCUUUAAUAGUACAAAACUAAAUGUAAUUAAUAACUGCAUAAAACAGUAACUUUUAGUAACAAUUUGACAAUUUCCCUAAUGAGUCUUACAUUUGUGAUCUAGCAUAAUAAUUAACGUUUAUUUGUUUCCAUCGUGUAUUAAUAGCUAUGACAAUGUAAAAUAUGACCAUUUCCUCUUCUGCUCUCUUCUGCUGUUUAGUUGGGAAUAUUUCGAUUUACUAACGUUAGUAAUAAUGCUAAUGACAUAUCUUUACAGGUGCUAACGAAGCCUUAUUUAGUUUUUUCUUUAUCCUUGGUCAUUAUUGCAAAUUAUGAAGACAAGUUAAAAAAUCAAAUUAAUUUAAACGAACAGACAAAGUUUCAUCGGAGAAGAAACUACAGCUUACAUAAAUAAAUGUAUCAUUUUUCUAUAUUAUCAUUAAUUCCUUUCAAAAAUUAUUGUAAAAAGCAUGUAUAGAGAAUGAUAUAUAAAUGAUCACUGAAAGUUUUUACUUCGUUAUAUGUGUUAUUAUUCAAAUAUAUAAUUUUGUAAUGGCAAAUGUGGAAGUAAAUACUUUUCAAGCGUUUUUUUCUCUCUAUCUUUCUAUUAUGUUCAUAUUAACAAUUAUUUUCUAACUACCUUACAAAUUGAACUCUCUCAUUAAAUACAGUUAAUCCAUUGUCUUAUUUAAUAAAUCUCAAUAAAAUACAAUGAGAAUAACAUAUCUAAUUUAUAUAGGUUUUGCACUCCAAAUUAACCCUUUUACAGAUCAUAUUCACCUUUUUCGGCAAAUCAAAUUGACUAGCCAACAAUUAGGAGUUAAAUUAUUUUCCUAUUUACAGUAAUAAAUAUUUAAAGAAUAAUUGUAUGUGUGUGUGUGUUCUGAAUUUUUCGCAAAUAUGAUCUGAAAGAGUUUUAAAUUAUAAUAUUAAAAAGUGAAUAUGAUUUGCAAAAAAGUUAAUUUGAUGUAUAAAACCUGUAUAUUAUAUUUCGUCGUAAGGAACAAAAUUUGAAUUUCAACAUUAUAAAUCUGACUAUUUAAGCUUUAUAUCGAUCUUCUGCGUCAGUGCCUUUCAGAUAUUUUUAUUGUAUAAAUUAUUUAUAUUAUUAAUACUUCAUUUUUCCGAAAAAUUAAAUAAAAAAAAUAAAUUUAAAGUAAAUAUAAAUCGUAAAUAUAAGACAUAAGACUGUUACAAAGUAUGUAAAAAGAAAUGAAUAUAAUGAAUGUGUAUUGCUAAGUUCAAUACAAAAUUACAAGUCCGUAGAUGUAUUUACCAUUGUCAAGAUAAUAUAGUUUCUUCCAUUAUUCUUCCUUAAUGCAUAAUUUUAUUAUCAUUUGACAUAUUUUGCGUAUAAUUGAAGAACUACACAAAUAUGAUUGUUUCAUUUUUAUGUUUUGCUAUUUUUAAGAUCUUCAGAAAUAAGCAAUAAUUUGUUAUAUGGAAUAAGUGCAGAUCAAUUUAGAUGUAAGUUAGUUUAGAUUUAAUGAUGUAAUUAAUAUAAUUUUAUAAUAAAAUCUAUUCUACACGA